GCCGAAGAUCGGCUGAUGCUCCACUCGGUCGGCUACUGAUGAAGCUCGCAGCGACAGCUGGGAGAUUAGAUUGUCUCGUGGUCCCAAGUAUAAAUGAUUAAUUGUACCGUCGGGGAAUAGUCGCCUCUCACCUUGUAUCAUCCCCUGCAUCAUCCCCUGCCUCCUCCGAUCGUCAGUCGCCGUCUGGGCCCAAUCCCAUUAAUCGACGCUGAUUUCUACCUUUCCUGACAAUUGUUUGUUCCUUCUCCCACGUCAACGAGAUCGGCAGUGUGAAGACGAGGACAAUGCCUUCCAUCGCUUCUCGUCUUCUGGGGGUGGGCUUGGCUGUGGUGGCUGCCGCCUCGGCGCAGAAUGACAGCCUGGUCACCCAGCAGCUGGAUCUACAGCCCUACCCCUUUGACUUCCCCAAGCUCGGCACCAAUGGAUCCGAUCUCUUCCCCAUGCGACUCUGCCACGGCUUCAAGCUCGAAGAGGCCAGCAUCGAUGAGAUCCAGGCCGAGCUCGAGGCCAAGAACUUCACCGGGGUGCAACUGCUGCAGUGCUACCUGGAGCGCAUCUACCAGGUUCAGCCCUACGUCAAUGCCGUCAUGCAGCUAAACCCCGAUGCGAUGACGAUCGCCGAGGCCCUGGACGAGGAGCGUCAAGCGGGGAUGGUGCGUGGUCCUCUGCACGGUAUCCCCUUCCUGGUGAAGGACAACAUCGCCAGCAAGGACAAGAUGGAGACGACGGCCGGUAGUUGGGCGCUGGUGGGGUCGGUCGUGCCGCGCGACUCACACGUCGUGCACCGGUUGCGCGAGGCCGGGGCCGUCCUGCUGGGCAAAGCGACGCUCAGUGAAUGGGCGGACAUGCGCUCCAACGACUACUCCGAGGGCUAUUCGGGCCGUGGUGGUCAGUGCCGGAACGCCUACAACUUCACCGUCAACCCUGGCGGCAGUUCAUCUGGCUCCGGCGUCUCCAUCUCCACUAACCAGGUGCCCUUCGCCCUGGGUACCGAGACUGACGGCAGUGUGAUCAACCCCGCUGAGCGAAACAACAUCGUCGGCAUCAAGCCCACCGUGGGCCUCACCUCGCGUGCAGGCGUUAUCCCAGAAUCCCUGCACCAGGACACGGUGGGCACCUUUGGCAAGACGGUGCGCGAUGCCACCUACGCCCUUGACGCGAUUUACGGCAUCGACCCGCGGGACAACAAGACCUUUGCCCAGCGGGGCAAGACGCCGAGCGGAGGGUACGCGCAAUUCCUGACCGACAAAUCCGCGUUGAAGGGGGCGGUGUUUGGCCUGCCCUGGUUGUCCUUCUGGCAGUACAAUGACGCAGCCCAGAACGCGCAGCUGAUGGAGCUACUGGCCCUGAUCGAGUCGGCGGGCGCAACCAUCAUCAACGGCACGGAGCUGCCGCAUUACAAGGAGAUCGUGGACCCCGCGGGCUGGAACUGGGACUACGGGACCUCGCGGGGUUACCCCAACCAGUCCGAGUACUCGUACGUCAAGGUGGACUUCUACAACAAUAUCCGGGACUACCUGGCGGAGCUGAACAACACCAACAUGCGGUCGCUCGAGGACAUUGUGCAGUACAACAUCGACAACGCUGGCAGCGAGGGUGGUGUCCCCGGCGUGCACCCGGCGUUUGCGUCCGGGCAGGACGGUUUCCUCGCCUCGCUGGCCACCAAGGGCGUCAUGAACGAGACCUACUGGCAAGCUCUGGCGUAUUGUCACCGCACGAGCCGCGAGGAGGGCAUCGACGCCGCCCUUCGCUGGAACGGCCACAACAUCACCGCUCUGCUGGCCCCGCCGGACUUUGCCCCAUCGGUCGAGAUCGCCGCCCAGGCUGGUUAUCCGAUUGUCACCCUGCCGGCGGGUAUCAAUGCGGACUCGCACAUGCCGUACGGGCUGGCGCUGUUUGGAACCGCCUUCUCUGAAUCCACGCUGAUUAAGUAUGCCAGCGCGAUCGAGGAUCUGCAGCUCUCCUCCCAGACGCCCUGGAAGCGCAGUUUGCCGACCUGGAGUGGUUAUCUGGAGCGGAACAUCCCUGUAAACUGAGUCAGGGGUUCGGGACUGGGGGAGGGCAUGUAUAUAGGGCUGGUGUACUGAUAGAUAGUCAUAGUAAUAGAUCUUUUGAGUGGUUUUGUGUUCGUUCGAUGGGUGGUAGAGAGG